UGCAUAACAUCUGGUUGUAGUGGUGGGAGAGACAUAGUUGCGAAUAACUCAUCGGUCACUUCACUAGUUCUAUUUUAUCAACAUGGAGCGGUUGACUGUGUUUCUACUGAUUUUGGGGGUUACUCUAGGAUUUGACGUGACAGAUAUAUUCCAUGAAGACACCGAGCUUCCAAAGAAAGCACAGAUCGCUCAAGAAAAAGGAUGGGAAAAUGUGGAAACGGACACAAAGCUUAACAUCAUGUGGUACAACAAAGGUGGUUCCCCCGUACAGAUGGCGUUCGACAAAAAGGACAUUUUGGCGGGAGUGAGACUAGCGAUUCCAAAAGAUUCAAAUGAUGUCUUCUACAAGAACAGCAAGCUUUUCCUGGAGAAAUCUAUUAAAAUUGACAACAAAGACAAAACCGUGUACGUCGCCACAGUAAUUUUAACUGAUUCAGAUAUUCUAAAAGGUGGUGGCAGAAGAGUCAAUGCAGAUGACGAAAUAAUAGACACUAUUUAUUUGCUGGAUAAAACAGGAAAAGAGACAAGAAUCCAAAGAGAAGCAUGCGCACAACUCAAGUUUGAUGAUAAUAUUUUUGCUGAGAAACGAUGCGAAGACACUCACGGUUUGGUGCUGGCACCCUUUAAGGACCCCAGUAGCACCUGCGACAACCCCUUUUUCUUGGUGUAUGACGAAAUUCAGAAAGGAAACCUGCUGGGUUUUGGAUGGUUGGUCCCAGCAAGUGACGUAGAAGGAAGUAAAGCUCUCGAAAACAAAGACCGUUAUGGAAAAAGUGACCUUGAGAAACUAUUUCCCUCUUCGCCGACCUGCUUGGCUGGAAAAACUGCAGUGAACAUUUGGUUGGCUAAGGAGGAGAGCAAGAAGAUGAAUUGUGAAGUAAAAAACAAGCCGUUCAAAGAGGAGAGAUGUGGAGUCUACAGAGGACCUGGGGGUGACGAAGACUUCUAAGUAACACUUAAAACAUUUCUUGAUACACUAUUAUAAAAUAAGCAUAUUUUACGAAAUUUGUCAAGUGUGGACAGCCAAAAUCAAGUGCUGAUUGGAUUAAAUAUUGUGUUAGAAUUGA